GACAAGCAGCUGUGCUGAGGCUGGUCCCCGCAGCUUUGGGGAGCUUCAGAGCUUUCUGUCUCUUCCAGAUGGCAAAUGUGGCCUUCAUGCGGGGACAGCUGGACAAUGCAGAAAAGCUCUACAAAGCAAGUAUGAGCUAUUUGCUUGCAGGGGAUGCAAAGGAGGAUGACAAUGCAGUUCUUGAGAUGUCCCUCAAGCUGGCCAGUAUCUAUGCUGCUCAGAAACAGCACAAAUUAGCCCUGGCUGGCUAUGAGUUCUGCAUCCUGACCUUAGAAGAGAAGAUUGCCAAGCAAAAGGACUUGCCUGAGGAUGUCUUACCAGCUGAAGAAAAGGCCAACACCCGUCUCUUGCUUGGGAUGAGCCUAGACUCCUAUGCUCGCUAUCUCCUAAAUAUUAACCAGCUCCCAGUAGCCCAAAAAAUGUAUGAGAAGGCUCUGCAGAUAUCAAAUGAUGUUCAGGGAGAGACUCAUCCACAGACUGUGGUCCUGAUGAAUGACUUAGCAACUGUAUUGGAUGCUCAGGGGCACUAUGAUGAGGCAUAUUCCUACGUGAAGAGGGCAGCUGAGCUAGCAAAGGAGACUCAACACCCUGAGGAGCACAUGGUGCUGAACAACCUGGCAGCAAUUCUGAUGCACAAAGAAGACUUUCUGCAAGCAAAACAAGUGUACAAAGAAGCUCUCAAGCAGGCACAACAGAAGGGAGAUGUUGCUUCUGCCCAGCAUAUCGAGGAAGAACUAGCUGAGCUGGCCAAGAGGAGAAAGGGCUCCAAAUGAGUUUGGCCACAGAGUCCAACCGUGAGGUGGCUGACGGCAGCAAGGGCUGGUCAGUACAAGCAGCCCGGGACCAGUAUGGUGCAGUUCUCCAGGGGAACAGCAAUGAGGAGUUUAAGGACGGCUUAACAAGAAGGGCUGCUAUUGCUUAACAACUUAGCCCAAAAUAAAGUUGUGAAACCUUAACUAUGUAAAUCUGUGGUGUAGUCUAUGGUUAGAGUCACCUACUGUGCUAGAGAUUUAAGUUUGUCUUGUCUGCCAGCAAAGUGCAAGUCUAGCCUGGUGUUAAUACUUGCAGUUGAGUCAGGGAGUGUAUUUGUGUCAGUGCUACAGUUCAGUACAUAUUAACUUUAACAGAGCAUUUCCCAGACUAUAACCAUACUAUGACAGAGCUGUAGGUCCAUGUCCUUUUCAAACAGGUUGCCUGAAGAUCAAGUGUUUUUCUUCAAAGCAUUUACCAUCCAAAGAUAGAACGUGCCCUCUCAGAGGAGGGGUGAAACUGUGUUACCCAAGCAGAGCUGCUGUCAGAAAUAAAACACUUGGCUGCCUUACUCCAGCCAAGAGCACACUAAGUGCCAAAGCUGUCCUCCUUUCUUGGGUAGGUCAGUGCUAGAAUGCUGAGGCUUCCUCUUGGAAAAGAUAGUAUGUACAUACCAUUGGGUGUGCAAGGUCCCUGCCUUCAUGUGAAUCUAGUGUGAACAGCCUGCUUAUACAACAGAAUUCUUCCAUUCUGUCCUGCAGGGAACCCUAAUGUUAAAGACAAAGGAGAGUUAAUCCUGAAGUUAAGUCCAUAUUUAGCUAGGAUAGUAGAACUAACUGUAAUUUUGUCACUAACCAAGCAUUAUUUUAACUUCUCAUUUGUAAGAACUUCAGCUGUUUAGUAUAUUAGUUUACUUAAAGUAGCAUUAGUGGCUUCAACUCUGCUUAACUUUGAGCUAAGAGGAGGCAUGCAGGUUUUCUAGAGUAGAUGUUCACUGAAGCUGGAAAAACUCAAGUCAUGUAUAAAGCUUUGUUCUCAGCAAGCUAGGAAGUAAAAAUAUGGCUGUUACAGGCACACUUGUACUAUCAGAAAGGCUCUAACACCUUAGAGCCAAUCUUUAGAGUUCUGGUUUUUGUUUAAGUGGCAGAGACCUUAGCUGCUCCAGCAAUGUUAACUAGGAACCCUGCAGCACCCCCUGAGGGAAGUGUUUUGCCUGUUCUCAGGCUCUUGAUGCUGCAAAACAAGAGGGAGACACAGGAAAAGCAAAUGGAGAACUGAUCCCCUUUAUUGAUUGGUCUGAAUCCAGAAGUCACUGUCUACUGAAGACAUUGUGUGAAAAAAAGAAAAGUUGAGUUUUAUGAUGCAUGGGUUUUUCAAGUCUUAAAUGAUUUCAUAUCAGAAUCACGAAACAUGUCAAGAUGAAAGCAUUGUGAAAGCGCUGAUCAGAAAUCAGUUAAAAAGUUGUAGUAAACUAUACUUUGUAAACAUGAUUUACAAACACCUUCCUGUUUGAAACAGGUCAGAUGUAAUUCCAUACUUGAAGAUUACUGGAAAUGUGGUAAACCCUAACUUAGGCUCUGGAGAGGUUUUUUUUACACUGGAGAAGUUAGAACUCUGAUAACAAACAAAAAAGCAGCAACAUUUUAUGUGCAAAUGCCACUCAAGCUGUAUCUUAGGAGAAAGUGACUAUCCUACUUUGGAUAUCCUGCUGCUGCAGCAGCAAUAACAUGAAGCUUUGCAAUGAACAUGCUAUACUUACUGUACAGUUAGCAAAGACAUUUGUCUGUACAUGCCUCUUUCACGUUGUAUUUGUUACACUAAGAAAGUGAGAACAACUGAGUUUUAGAAUGGAACGUAACACUCCACUCCAAAUUUAAAUCUACAAAAAGGGGCAAAUCCACUUGUUGUCCAGUAUAUGUUGCUGUGGGAACAAAAAAGUUAAAAUAAGAGUACAGGUCUACAAACAGGAUGAAAAAUUCACUACUUUACCCUUCUGUCUUAAAAGAUGGGAGGGUCAGAAAAAAAUCUUUCUUAGCGAAAGACUGCAAGGAGAUUUAAGACUGCCAACUGAUCUACCCCGAUGCAGUGUUUAAAAACAGUAGCAAAAUAAUUCUGUAUUUGCAAUGCAGCGUCAAGUUUCCAAAUGAGUUCCUUUGGGAUUUUUCUUUUCCACACUUAGGGCAAAAAGGCUUUCCUCUAAAGUACUCAAAUUUGCUAUCGAUAAAUAGUUCUGUACUUCUUCCUGUUUGUAACUGGACCAUUACAGUCCUGCUGUAAGAUGUAGAGCUUACAUGGCUUAAGGUUAACACAGCUACAUUAUACCUUCCAUACAACGUAUUGCAAAUACAGUGUUAAAUUAAAAAUAUUUUGACUGGAAAAUACCUUCAAGGCAAAGGCUCUGUUCAUCAAUGAGAUGCAAAAGCAGUUUGGAAUCUGACAGACCAUGCCACCCCCCAACUCAGUGCUAUCUGUAAAUCAGUCCUCCUACCCCAGAAGAUUUAAAUCUACUUCCUGAGGUCAGUGCAGCAAAAAAAUAAGAUGCUUUUGAAGAUGGAUGUCAGGACGCCCUAUGAUACCAAUAACCAGAUGUAUGUAUACAUGAGCUACAAGCAUAUCAUAGCAGGCAUUGAUAGAUGAAUGAUUAAGGAGACUCUCCUAGUACCAUAUACAAUUUAAAAAAAAAAAAAAAAAAAAGGUCACCCUAACAAGUAUUGCACACUUUAGGAGUUAAGCCAAGCAUUUGUAAGAACUUCCACCAAAAGCUUGCUUACAGGGCUAGGGAUUGGGAUAGGGAUGCAGACUUAAAAAUAAUUAUUACAUAAGGAUUUUAAAAUCAGACUGGAGGAAGGUAAAAAUCACAGUACCUAUUUCAAACUGGGUGUAACAGAAGCCAAGUACUUGACUCGUGUGUUGCUCAAUUAUUCUAUAAAAGCAUUUUGUUUUAUUUAAACUUGGGGUGUAGAGUUUUUCUUCUUAAAGGAUUUCUCAACCCACCCAGAGCCUCUGUUCAGAUAAGUCAUUUGCUGUGGUUAAAUAUGACAGAGAAAUUUAGUAGCCUGUUUUGACUGCAUACAAUGCAGAAACAGAAAACACUAAGAUAGGCUUUUGGGGCACAGUUAAAAUUCCCAGUGUGCAUAACAGUGAGGUAUGCCUCCAGAAGCUUUUUUUUUUUUGUUUUGUUUUUUUCCUUUUAAAAAUGAACCAUAACAUACCCAUGCAAUAAUAUUUCUGCAGUGUUGCUAAAUAAAACCAACUGCACCAAAAAUUUACAAUGUGGCAGAAUUUAAAAUUCAAAGAAAUAUAUCAUCUUAUUCCAGCGAACCGGACUAUGUUAAUGUACAGAAUUCAUUAAGGGGUCAGUCUUAAAAAUCAACAUUUUCACAAGAGCUUGAACACCACCGAGAAAGUGUGUCUAGGGAAAAAAUUAUAUAAAAGCACAAUGCCUGCAAGAAGUGGCACGGCAUUAAAUGGGCAAUGACGCUAGGCUGGUUGGGAGGCUAGGGUUAUGGUUAGGCUAGGCUGGUAGGGAGGCUAGGGUUAUGAAGAGUACUCUACACUGGAGAAAAUGCUUAAAAAAAAAAAAAAAUUACAAAAUGACCCCCAAAGUUUAGGCAAUGAUUU